AUGAACAGAAAAAGUGAUUCUAUCCUGAAUAUCAGAAUGCAUCCUAUGUUUUAUUACCAUGUAUCUGAAGGCUUUAUUACUACAGAUAUAUCCACUUUAAAAUUAUAUAGUAAAAGAGAGAAAAAAAAUAUAUUAUAUUUUCUUAUGAAGUUUUUCUUAUUUACCUUUUUAAUUUGGAUAUUACAAUAUUCUAAUAAUUGGGUCUCAUAUAAAUCAAGGAAUCAAGGAAACAGCUUAAAAAACGUAUUAAAUUUAGGAUAUGAAAGAUCAUUAGCAGAAAGUAAUAAUACAAUAAAACAAACGAAAGAAGGAUUAAAUUACUAUGAUCAACAGAACAUAUUAGAAACAUAUUUAGAAUCACGGAAUGAGCAAAAUGAAAUAGAAGAAAAUAUAGAUGUAGAACAAGAAAAUGAAAUAAAGACGAAGGAGAAAAAUAAAAAAGUAAGUUUUAACAAGAGUAUUUUAGGCACUUGUAAAAGUAACUUAAAAUUAGUGUUAUUUUCCCUCUUUUUUUUCAUGCCAUUUUCUUCAUUUAUGAUAUCUUUAAUAUCUUUAAUAUCUUCUAAUUUCUAUGAUGAAAAAACAUAUAUGGCAACUUUUUUGUUAUCUAAUAUAUCCAUUAUAAUCUUUGCAAUAUAUUUAAUAUACGAACAAAUCAAUAUAAAACGCAAAAUCAAAUUAUAA